AUGGGUACGGUCGAUCAGGUCGAAAUAGAAACCGAGAUAUGCAAUGGGGUAGGCGCUUGUACAUGCGGUGUGACGGUGAAUGCGGGCAAAGACGUGUUCGCUAUCAACCACUGUGGGGGAUACCACAUGAUCAAGACGAUCCAGAACACAGAGAAGAUCAUGAGUGUUAGGGAACUCCCGGGGUACAUGCAUACUUUCUACCUUACACAAGGCACCAUGAUUAACGUGGACUACCACGUGGGCGAGUUCUGGAAGACGAUGAACGUUCAGAUCUUCCCGUCUCCUGAAGACAUGGACGACACCGAAGGACUUUGUGGUUACUUCAACAAUGAUUGGAAGGACGACUUUACCCACAGGAACGGUACUGUCACCGAGCCAAAGGGAGAAAGGUACUGGGAUUGGUUCUUUUCAUUAGAAGACCCGGACGAUUUCAGCGAGUCAUGGAGAGAGGAAAUUCCGUUAUUGAAAUUGGCCCAAGAUGGUAAUCUUGAUAACGUUCUUAAUCCAUGGGACGAUACUGCCAAGUACUGCGUGUGCCCAUUGGUGGGUGGAUUGCGUCAACCAAUGUGCCACAGGAAGGAAGACAAGACGUGCACAAAGUCAAAGGUCUUUGGAUUGUUCCUUUCAUAA